AUGUGUGCUCAUAUUCUGGCUCAAAGCGAGUUAUGUUCAUCGCUUCUUGAAUUAGUUGUGCAACGUUGUAAUCAGCUCUCAGCAAAUAAUCCCAUAGUAUCGUGUGCCGCGUGCAUGUCUCUUAAUCCUGAUCAACCGAGUCUCGUUCCCGAUGACCUGCUUGGUAAUCAAGUUCAUCAAGUUUCGCACAAUAGUAAUCGAGGUAACCUGGUGGGUACGUUAGGAAUGGCUGCUGGUGUCCCGCCCUAUGGAACAAAUAAUCCAUCUGCCAUGUCUGCUGCUGCUGCGGCAGCUCUUUUGAUACAAGCUGCAGCGGGUGGUUCGGCAAGUGAAUCACCCAGUAAUGUGACCCUUUCUGGAAGACGUUGUUCGACUUCGAGCCUUCUAGAAUCUCCACAACCAUCUCCUUUAUCUUCAUCUGUGAUUUCAGUAGCUGCACAACAAGCUGCUUUGGCUGCUGCUCAGGCUAUUGCUAGUCCUCGAUCACCAUCAUCUAGUUCUAGCACAUCUAAUUUCCAAGCUGCAGUCUUAUCCUUGGCUUUAGCUGCUUCGUCCACAUGUACGACAAUCAGUAAUUCUUCUGGUUCUGAAUUUCAUGAAUGUCAACGUUCAUUACUUGGUCAUUCUGCUAUGAAUGAUCUUAUUUCCCUUUCCGAACAACAUCCAAAAUUACUAACCGCACACCCUACAUUAGCAUCCGUGUUUAGAAGACGUUCUUCAACGCUUGCUCCUCCAUGUUUCACUAAUGUACCUAAUCCGGUGUGUAUGGAUGUGGCACCUAGACACGAAUUAAAAAAUGUCUCCAAUGAGGAACCACAGUUAUUGCCUUUUCUACCUUCGAACAUGACAUCUACUCUUGAUAUUGGGAAUUCUCAGCUUCUCAAUAGUCAGCAAUCGAAUCUUUCAGAUUUUCCUGAAGCUUUUUCUUUAAACCGUCAGUCAACAUCUAUUCCAACUUCUUUUCUGAACGAUGAUUGUAUCGAACAACGUGAUCGUUCAGAUGAAUCCUACUUAAUGGAUAUUAAUUCAGAAGGUCCCGCCAAAAUUACACGACAUUAUUUAUCUGCUUUAGAUCCUGAUGAAAAUGUAGAUAAUUCCCGAAACUCCUCCAGUGUACCGCACAGAAGUUACGAAGAUCCCAAUUUUCAAUCUUUUUACAAAACAUCACCAAAGUACGAUUCUCAUCUGGUACAUUCAUCAGGUGUUCACCCAUCAUUUGAUAGAAAUUCAAGUAAAUGUAAUACAAGAUAUUUUUCUCCUACACCCACGUCAGUUUCAAGUGAAAUGGCACUGGCUACAUGUCCUCCAACUUCACCACUUAGUUGUUCCUCCUUAUCUAAUUCAGCGACUCCCCAGUUGAAUAUUUCUCCAUUAAAUGUUGAAUGUAGAGUUAAAAAUCCGCCAAUGGAUGAUUUGAGUGGAGCUACUUCCAGGUCAUCAGUUUCCUGCAGGUCAUUAAGGACUAACUGUGGAACAGAGUAUGAUUUUAAAACUGAUGAGCCGAACCGCAAACGUGAACAACGUCUUUUGAAAAACAGAGAAGCAGCAAGGGAAUGUCGUAGAAAAAAGAAGGAAUAUGUAAAGUGUCUAGAAGCUCGAGUUAGCCUUUUAGAAAGUCAGAAUCAACAGUUAAUUGAAGAGCUUCAAAAAGUCAAAGCACUUUGCUUUAAGGAGUUAUGUGGUUUGGGGUUAACUAGUUCUACAGCUGCAUGUGCCGCAGCUGUUUUGGCUGCCGUUACCUCAGUGUCUGCUAACUAUUCAAGUUCAGAUGCUGCAGACGCUUCUGUAAUAGAUUCAACUGCUCGAUUUUCUUCAGACUCCGAUCGUAAUAUAUGCGAAAGAUCCACUGAAGUACAUCAUAUGGCUUCCGAAUUCGGAGAAGAUUUACAACAGUUUCAUGAUUGUCCACGUUCAACUCGCCAACGCAGACGUUCUGUAUUCACUGCACCUAAAUUAUCACCGUACUCUAAUCAAGCUACCUGGUUAAACCCGUACUCCUUGAAGUGUUCCGAACCCGUUUCAAAUGUGGCAUGUGUUACUAAUCACGUAAAUCGUUCUUCUCUUGAAGAAUCACCGUCACACUCAUGUGUACCACAAUUGCAUGACACAAAAGGUGAUUGCACAAACAGUCCUGUUACCAUUUCCUAUACUUCUCCGGUUAAUCCAGAUACAAUUAGUCCUCAUUCAGGUGAACAUUUACAACUUCACUGCACUGAAUCACACUCCCUUCCAGUGGAAAGCAAAGCGGACAGUAAUCGAUUACCCCAGGAUUCAACACAUGAAAUGUCUAAUGAGUCACAAGGUUGGAAAUCACCCCAGUACCAUAAUUGUGGUAAUCCCUACCAGCAUCCUCGAUAUGCGGCCAAAAGAGCUUAUCGCAAUGUGAUAUUCAAUUCCUCUAAUACAAAUAGUGAACCCGAAAUAAAAACAGAUAUUGUUGAUGAAAAACGGCUUUGUGAACCGGGAACUAAUGUUGAUGCUGUUACUGGUGCUGCAGUGAUAUUGGCAGCUGCCGCUGCUAUGGUCGCAGAGUCCGAAUCUGCUGCACCGGAAUCUAGACUGUCCGUUUAG